AUGGCCUCUGAUCCUGCCGUGAAGACGGGAUUUUGGACCAACUACGAGCCAGACGGCAAGUAUAGUGAAUCUUAUCUGUGGACCGUUUCCGAGAUAUGGGGAACCAUUUUCAAAGUGCUCUUGGGUGUGGCCUUUGGAAUAGCCUGGCCGUGGGCCAAAGUCAUCCUCCAACGCACUUGGUUAUGGUUCACUUUGUCGUGGCCAUGGUUGAAACGAAAAUGGAAGGAUCUUUGGUACGGCUCUGGCUCACACGAUGAAGAAGAACCAUUACUUGAGCGCCCUCCGGAGCAGCAAGAUCAAAGCCCAAAGCGGCGGGGUCUCAUGCGGUGGAUACCGGUGGAGAAAGCUGAUCUCGUGCUGGCUGUCAUUACUGCCCUGGUGGCCUUUCUCUACGCUGUCGCUGGAGGCGCCGUGGGUGAAAUUCCCGCGGACACAUUAGGAAGGACGUACACACCCAAGUCGGCGUGUGGACCGUGGGAUCUCAAACGCGAUGUAGACCGACGGGUAAAGGACUUUGACAAACUGGUCCUGGCCCAGAAGGAAGCGAGAGCAGCAGCAUACGGUCGCGAUUGCUAUGGUUCACAUUCCGUCUAUACGCCGGGCCGUUGUGACUUUUUCGAAAGUCCCCAGAUCGAGUAUACCGUGGAAAAGGUCGACUGCCCAUUCAAAUGUUUGGAAGAUCGAUGCAUAUGCGCCACCGGUUCAUAUGAAACUGCCCUUCGGCUCUCAACAGGGUCAUUCUCGGCCGAUAAACUCGGACUAAACGGGCGAGAUCUGCCUUUUAUCAGACGAACGUCGACAUUUGUGCCGCUGGACAUCAACAAUGGAUUCGUUGUGGAGACAGGCAAACUGGAGUACAGAUAUGACCUUGGUCCAGUUUACACCUCUGAGGGCUACAGAAACUACACCUUUGACACAUGGGGAAUCCCCUUCAACUGGGACAUUGCAGCAUAUUCAGUCAGUGUAUACGAAUCAACACCAUUCCCGGAAUACGAUGCAUGGCAGCCAAUAAAAGAGCUUGCACGCCCAGAGAACACAUACAUGACAGCAAUCUUCAUCUCGCCAUGUCGGAUAGCAUAUAAUGGACGCUGCGAAGACCCUAUAUUCCUCGCGACUGAUGACCUUGGCGAUAUUGGCCUACCAAACAAGUUUUACCGAGAGGACACGCGGGCCAGAGUUCUCAUCGCAAUUGACGAAAUGGAAGUGUGUCGCCAAAAGGACACGGACUGCUACCCACCCUCGGAGAGCAAUCCUGAGUUUGGCAUCGAGUAUGAGUUUGUCCGCACUGCACUCCGACGAUCCUCGACGUUCCAGUCCAUCGAGAACCGCCUGGGUGAGGCUCUCGUCGCAUCCGAGAGCAUCAGCGACUUUGAGUCACCUCAGCUGGACAAGGAACAGUGGAUAAUUGAAAGCCAGGCCUUGUUCAACACCUCGCUAGCCCGCCUGCAAUUCAACAUGCUGGACAUGGCCACCGGUAAUCACCCCACGGGCGCCGCGGCGGGUGGGUUUGAGUCGGCAUAUGAGAACAGCACGCCGGCCUGGGCCAAGCGCCAGAUGGGACGCAUGUGCGACAAUUACAAAUUCCACAUGUCGGGCCCGUACACCAACAUUAGUAUACCAUAUGCCGUGGCAUUACUUCUUGUACCAAUUGUACUGUUUGUACUGAGCAGAAACACCAAAGCACCAUUGGAUGACAAUGAUCCACCGCGAAUCUACGGAAAUUACAUGGUCUUUGACAGAAUCAUAUGGUGGAUCUGUCGGGGUGCAAAGUGGGCAAGGUCCAUAUUCAGCAAAGGGCCAAGUGAAUCCCAAGAGUCUAGAUCCCAAGAAUCUCAGUCACAAGAGGCCGAACCACACGAUCAAUCAUCGUCACAGGCUUGA